UGCGCAUGUCCACAGUAAACAAUGAAAAUGGCUGCCAUGGGUUUCAUAGCUGGUGACGGCGAGAGGAGACAAGCGGGAGAGGAUGCAGAGAGCUCAGAGAGGAGUGGCAAUGAAGAGGAAAAUGAGGGCCUGUCAGGUGAAGAGGAGGAAGAAGGAAGUGCCGGAAAGGUCGAAGCCGGUUCGUUGAAGCUCUGCGUCGCCGUGAGCUCGGCUAAGACCAAGAAGAAGAAACACAAGCACCGCAGCAAACACAAGCGACAGAAGCACUCCUGCCCAGAGGACAAGGAGCGGCGCCAUGGGCACCGGCACAAGCACAAGAGGCACAAGCGUAAAGACAACCCCUCGACUGAUGGCUUCCCAAACUGUGGCGAUGACGACCCUUCCCUGUACUCCUUCUCUGCCAAGCAGCCAAGACUGGAAGAUGAUGAGAUGGCACUUCUGGAGGAGCUGGAGAAACAGAGGGCCCUGAUCCAAGCCGAACUAGACGCUGAACUGACUGAGGGGGGCAGGGGGGUACAGUCGGACAUGGGGCUCAUACUCCAGGGCUACCACUCUGAAGAGGAGGAGGAUGGGGAGAUUCAGGUGGAGAGGGAGCGCAAUGGGCAGCACUGGUGUAUAGGAGCAACAGGUCCCGGCUCAGGCUCACAGACUGCUAAGGACACCUGGAGAGGACGGCGAGAGUCGACAGAUGCUGGAAAAGCUAAGCAGAGCAAUCCCAAUAAAAAUGCCAGGAAGAGCAGGACAGACGGGAAGACCAAGGAUCGGAUAAGAGGACGGAGCACGUCCAGGGAUAGAGACAGCAGAAGACAUUCCAGCAGUUCAGAGUGCUUCUGGUCUCCUGGCACUAGCAAACAGCCUUCCCCACCGGCUCAGAGCAGAGGAGCCCAAAACCAGGAGCCCAGCGGCAGCAACCACAAGUCACCCGAGCACUACAAGGCCAGGUGGCCAGAUAAGGAAGGGGACAAGGACAAGAAGGCGACCAAGUCCCCCGCCAAGGACGCUUCCUCUGGGAAGGAGAACCGCUCUCCAGGCCUGCGAGGGAGGCCACCAGGCCCCGCCCUCAAGCUGCAGCGCAGCUCGUCCCCAUCACAAUGUCAGAACUCCCUGGACUCAUCCUCAGGUCCCCAGGAAGCUGAGCGAAGGGCCAUGUCACCGUCACCACCCAGAGGGGGCCACCCACGCUCCCCGGAGAGUCGAAGGAGAGUGACGGACCGACUGAGACUUCCACCUGGCAGGAUGUGGAGCCAGGAAGAGGCAGGGGUCCGUAGGGACGCCAGCCCGGCUCUAGGCGCCCGGCGAAGGUUCAGCCGCUCACCUUUCAGGCGGAGAUCACGCUCUCCCAGGAGAUGCAGCAGGUCACCAUUCAGGAGGAGGUCGUUGGAUCGGUUGGGACGGAGGCUGCGGUGGCGUUCCAGAUCCCAGGAGAGGAGAUGGAGCCGGGACAGAGAGGACAAGUUCAAGGGCAGCCUCUCGGAGGGAAUGAGGGCCGACAAGGAGGACUCUGAAGAUGAAGUGCUGGAAGAUUACGAUGUGGAUGAGGAGGACGAGGAGGCUCUCAUUGAACAGAGGAGGCUACAGCGCCUGGCCAUCGUCCAGAAGUACAAGGGAGGGAACGAGGGUAGUAACAUGUCGGCACCAUCGGAGCCCGGCAGCCCCCAGAGCAGCCCGCGCAGCCGCUCGCCGUCGCCAGACGACAUCUUGGAGCGCGUAGCGGCCGACGUCAAAGAGUAUGAGCGGGAAAACGUGGACACCUUCGAAGAAAACAUCAAGGCCAAGCACAACCUCAUCGAACAGGAGAAAGACGAAGGAACCAACCCUAAAAAAACAUCCGCCCCUGAUAUGUUCACCGAAUCGGAUGACAUGUUCGCCGCCUACGAUAGUGCAAGGCUUCGAGCAGCAGGCAUCGGGAAGGACUUUAAGGAGAACCCCAACCUCCGAGACAACUGGACAGACGCAGAGGGAUACUACCGACUCAAUAUCGGGGAGAUACUGGACAAGCGGUACAGCGUGUACGGCUACACGGGCCAGGGGGUGUUCAGCAACGUCAUCCGCGCCCGAGACGUGGCCCGCGCCAGCCACGAGGUGGCCAUCAAGAUCAUUCGAAACAACGAGCUCAUGCAAAAGACUGGGCUGAAGGAGCUGGAGUUCCUUAAGAAGCUCAACAAUGCUGACCUGGAUGACAAGUUCCACUGUCUGCGCCUCUUCCGACACUUCUACCACAAGCAGCACCUCUGCCUGGUCUUCGAGCCUCUCAGUAUGAACCUGCGCGAGGUACUGAAGAAGUAUGGCAAAGACGUGGGUCUCCACAUCAAGGCGGUGCGCUCUUACAGCCAGCAGCUCUUCCUGGCCCUGAAGCUGCUGAAACGCUGCAACAUCCUGCACGCCGAUAUCAAGCCUGACAACAUCCUGGUCAACGAGUCGAAAACCAUCCUCAAGCUCUGUGACUUUGGUUCAGCGUCGCACGUGGCAGAGAAUGACAUCACGCCCUACUUGGUCAGCCGGUUCUACAGGGCGCCGGAGAUUAUCAUCGGGAAGCCUUACGACUAUGGGAUCGACAUGUGGUCCGUUGGCUGCACUCUGUAUGAGCUGUACACGGGCAAGAUACUUUUCCCAGGGAAAACCAACAACCACAUGAUUAAGCUCGCCAUGGACAUCAAGGGCAAGAUGCCCAACAAGAUGAUCAGGAAAGGCGUGUUCAAGGACCAGCACUUUGACCAGAACCUCAACUUCCUGUACACAGAAGUAGACAAAGUCACUGAAAGGGAGAAGGUGACAGUGAUGAGCACCAUCAACCCCACCAAGGAGCUGCUGGCUGACAUGGUGGGCUGCCAGCGUCUCCCUGAGGACCAGCGCAAGAAGGUUGCCCAGCUCAAGGACCUGCUGGACCAGACCCUUAUGCUGGACCCGGCCAAGAGGAUCAGCAUCAACCAGGCCCUGCAGCACCCCUACAUCCAGGAGAAGAUCUUCUGACCAUCUCUUACUGUACCACUCACAGUCAUGCAUUGAUUGAUUGACACAUGCAGAAGCUAGUACUGAGUCCCUAGUUUGACUAUGGUUGGACCCCACCCCAGCCCAAGAAAUUGAUUUAUUUGAGCUGGCAGACUCUGCUGAUGGAGAGGAAGUAGUAUUAUCUUUCUUCCCCUGUUUGAACAACACACACAUGCUCUCCCGUUUUACAUUGAUCUAAUGGCUUGUAUUAUAUAACCAUAGUAGGGGUGUGAACGUUUAAUCGAAAUUGAAUCCUUAACGUUAAGGAAAAAACUGAAAGUGUUUUUUUUUCUCUACAAAAUGUAAAUCCCAGUGCAGUUAUCACAAAACUACCACUAACGGGUCCUGAUCAUCAUAAAGGGAAUAUGCCUACCUAACACAACAAUGCUGUAACGUUAGUAUCCAUCCGCACAUCAUCGUCGUUAACAGUUUGGAAAAAAGUGCUGAUUACAGUUAUAUGCAUCUGUUUUCAAUGGACUAUUUGAGUUGUGAGUUAAUUUGUUAAAUGAAGAACUGCAAACGCCAUUUGAGCCUCGACUCACGCUACUGAAACGGCUGCGUCUUUCUCAUAAAUUUCACCAUUACUCCCAUUUCAACAGGGUGUUAUUCCUUUUAUAAUGGGAGUUGAGACAUAUAGUUAACAGCAUUAGAAAGCUACAAUUCUUCCCUUUUUAACCAGUAAAUUCCUGUAUUUAGCAGGAUUUCUUUUGCCCUGUGUUGGAUUUGUGAGCUUAAACUUGGUGGGCAGGCUUUUGUUAAUCAUGAAAUAAAGUAGGCCCCUAGACUAUUGAAUACACAAUUUGCCUUCAUCAAAAUAAUGUUUUUGUUUCAUAUUUUAUUAUGGUACCUGCCUAGAUUUAGGGGGGGUUGAAACUUAUUCUAAAUGGCACACUAUAGCAGUUCACAAAAAAAGCCUAAAAUAGCACUGCAGUUAUUCCAAAUCUGCAGCGCGUGGUUGGAACACAUUUCCCUACGUUAAUCAACCAGUCCAUUUUGAAUUUGUGAUAAAGCUGUCGUGAUUCGGCAAGGAAUGUAGCUUGUCUACAGUUUUGUUUGUGUAUCCCAUCAGUUCGAUAUGUUUUAAUACAUUAAUACUAUGAAAUUGUGAAAAUGAUGAUAAUGCCCUUUUAGUGUAAGAGCUGUUUGAGAAGACAGACUGAAAUUUCAGCCUGUUUUGGUGGGAUGAAGUUUUGGCCUGCCUGGUGACAUCACUGGGCGGGAAAUUAGUUACGACCAAUAAGAAAGAGUUCCAAACCUCUCUUUCAAUAACGGCUAGUUUUCAGUUUUCCCCUCCCAACUAAGACCACUCCCAGACAGUCCUAGCAAAAGUCUUGCUUGUGAAAUUGCUCUUGGCUAAGAAGCUAUUUUUGUUUCUUUUUGACCAUUUUAAUUGAAAACAAUCACGGUAAGGUACUUAAUUGUUACCCAGAAAUUAUUUGAUAUUGAGAUAAAAAUGGCUGCAUUAGACCUUUAAGGCCUAAUGGGAGCUUGGGUGCGCAGCAUGCAUGUGUGUAGAGGGAGCGAUCGGAUCGAAAUUUCACCUGCAGAUGCAGAUUCCAGAUGCCACCUACGGAAGAACUUAAUUGCCCCCUUGCGGUCAUACCAUGCAAUAUGAUUUGACUUGGAAUUUUGUUAAAUGUUCUUAUCGUUUUAACAGGGGAUUUUUUUUUUACUAUCUCAUGGACAGUAAACCACUCAAAAGGAGUUUGAGUUUCAUCCACUUGGAGGUGGAUGAUAUUGUAGCUGUAAAAAUGUAAUUCUGAUUGUUGUGGGUUUACUGUCAUUCAUGAGUUGCCAAGGCUGUGACGAGCAGGGAGGGGGUCCAGAUAAUGAUCACAGUUAUUUAACUUGGGCUUUGUUUGAUUGGUCGCAACCCAAUUGUUCGUAACCCAAUGCCCUAAACCUUUUGAAUGGGAUGUUUGUACAGUCUGUAGAUUGUGAAGUCUUGCAGACUUGGCAGCUCAUUUGACUUACUAUUAUUCUGUGCUGUUAUUACCUGUCAUGCCCUGUGCUGUGUGUUGUGUUGUGUUGUGGUGCAGGGCCAGCGUAAAUGCUAUUUAUAUCCACGUCUCCCCCAGGUAUUGAAAACCCAGUGCGCUCCCCCACCCACCCACCCCGUCCCCCACCCUGGUGUCUGUGCAGGCCCUGGUCCGCAUGCCCGUUCUGCCGCUGCCUGUAGGUCUGUCAGUGCCGGAAACCCAAACGGUUGGGGGUCCUUGGGUCCUACUUGAGCCCACCUGCAGGGAUGGCCCCUCAUGUUUAAAGCAGAUUGUAUACCACUUUCAGUACAUUGAAGGUAAGCUUUCCCCCCUCCUCCAAAAAACAAAACCCAUCAACUUCACCUGGUUAUUACCUCGUAUGUUUAUUCAUUUUUUAAAUAUAUUGUACACAUUGUUUUAGCCAGAUGCCCCCAUAGACAUGGUUUACAUGUUGUUUAAAAAAUAUGUCAAAGACAAACUGGAUAAAACUAAACUUAAUCAAGCAAAUCAGUCACGCACCCAAAUUGUGGAGAGGAAGUUGGGUCAGGUAUGGGGGGCUGUAUUCAACAAGCUAUGAUGGACAAGAGCACCUUCAGUGUACUUAUCUUAAUGGAAUAGCUCAGAAUGUUUUGCUCUCCUGUAACGAAUACUUUUUUUGUUUUUCAUGUGUUCCCUUGAUACAAUGUUAGAAACUGCAUGUGAGGAUAGCAGUCUUGCUACGUAUUCAAAAUCAUGUGUUGCAAUUAUUUUAGGCACGUUCCUCUAAAAAAGAAGGGUAUUUAAGUGUUUUGUUUCCCUCUAUCAUUGGUUUUCAUGUUUUGUAUGACCAUGUUGUCUUUUGAUACAGGGAUAUUUCUGCUCUGAGCUUUGAGUCUGCUUGUUAUGAGCGGUAAUUGCCUCUACUUUAUUUUGUGUUAUAUAUUUUAAUGUUCUUAUAGGAGCAAAACAGAAAUAAAAGAGCCCACAUGUGUAUUUAUACCUUUUCCACAAAUGUCUUUCCUACAUACACAUGCCAAUGUUCAGGCCCCUUUAAGUGGCUAACAAUUAACCAAAAUUCUGUAUUUUUAAAACUAAUCCACAAACCUUAACUAGAAUACUUUCGUUUUCAUCAGCUUUUUGUGCAGCUUUUAGGCUGGAAUCCCAACUUGAUUUGUGUGCAUAACUUGAUGAACACAGAUCUCAAGUUAGGAUUUGGCCCUCGUAUGCUAAAUUUAGUUCAAACCAAAUAAGCAAAAGACAACACAAAAAAUAUAUAUUUUUGUGUGCUUUUUUUUACUGACACUAACUGAUGUUUGUGAUGUUUUUCCCCACAAUGAUGUUUCCUGUGGUGGCUGAGAGCGAGACAGAGUCCAGCACCUUCUCCAGCCUGGGCUCCACUUUCAGAGAGACAAGACCUCCACAAAGCCACUUAUCAAGGUCAUUUUUGAUGGCAUGGGUAGAUACAAAAAGCAAACAACACUGAGGUGAUAGAAAAUACAAGAUGGGGAAUUACUUUCACUUACUAUUUUAUUGAAGGCAUUUAUAAUAGACACUCAUAAUAACAUACCUUAAAAGUUUGUUUCCAUAAGUUCUCUCUCACAAUACUUUUAAGGCCUCCUUCCUUUUCUAUACUUUUAACCAGAAAGAGUAUAUGUCAUGUAUCAUUCCAAGCUGCUCAUAUACCUGACUGUGGAUAUUUGGUUAAUCAUAUGGCUCUAAACUAGUUCCAGAUUGCUACAAGCAAGGCUUCAGGUAGCUUGUCUUGUAACUGUGUUAAAGUUGAACCAAGAUACUUGUUCAUUUGUUCUCUAUAUAUUCUAGGUGCUGCCACUUUAGAGAAGAAACUCACAAGGAACCUCAUCUGGACAAAGGUUUCUGUUCUGGAGAUAGUUACUGUAUUUGUAAAGGUGGACUCAUCAAUAUGACAAUCAUACAAAGCGGGGCAAAUUACUACAUACAGAAAUCAACAACAGUAUUCAAAUCUUCUGAGAUUGCUACUUGAGGCUUCUCCCAAUCUGGGCUAGGCUCAAGGGAGGGUGCAGAUUGGGACGAGCCAAUCAGUUUUGGCAGAUUUUUUAUUCUGUUUUCUGGAAGCAGAAAGAAGCCCUGCUGUGUAUGAUGUAAUUUUAGUAAGUCAGCCUUUAAUAGUCAUGAUGUCAAGAUCUGAUUUGCUGUUCUUUUUCAAACAUGUUAGCAGAAACUACUGUAGUUACCAUAAUGAGCCAGUAUUGGACACAUUGGGUGAUAUUUUGGACCCAUUAUAGACGUUUGAGAUUUGUUCAUGAACUCAAUGCUUUGCUUAUGGAUUCUGAGCAAAGCCAAAUAGAUGGCAAUCGUAUUAGGUAAUUUAGAUUGAACAUGUGUUACAAUUUGGCUAAAUCUAUGCCAAAGUGACCAUCAACAAUAAGGUAAUACUUUUUUCUUGUUAUUGAUAAAUAUAGUCAGAUUCAUAUCACUGUGUUAACGUUGCAAUUUUGUGUUUAUUUUUCAGGGUAAGUCAGAACUUAUUUUCCCUGUCUUGGUUUCAUCAGUCUCCUUUUUCUGCUUUGGUGCCCAUGUAAGACUAAAGGCCAGAGAGCUGUUCAUCAAUGGGCCCUGUGGAUAUUUCUCAGAACAUUUUAAAACAGAAAUGUAUUAAAACAUAUGUAACACUUUUGUCCAUGUACUUAACUUUAUUUGUGUAAUCCAACCCUAAUAAUUGGACACCACUUUUUCCAAUAUAUGAAAAAACAUCUAUGUAUAUUUUGUCUGCUGUUGAGAACAUAACUUGUAUUCAUUUUCACGUGUGUUUUAAUAUAAUAAACAUGUCUGUGAAAAAUA